ACGAGUCGCUGUUUUCGUCGAGUCGAGCUGAAGAGAAGAGCUGUCUGCUGCUGCAGCUCGCCCUCGACUGUCUGCACAAAAUCUUCCUCUACGACUCGCACAGAUUCCUGAGCAGGGAGCGAGCCGACGCCCUGCUGGGGCCGCUCAUCGACCAGCUGGAGAACAAAGUGGGGGGAGUCGAGGCGUACCAGCAGAGGGUGACUCAGCACCUGGUCCCGUGUGUGGGUCAGUUCUCUGUGGCUCUGAGUGACGACACUCUGUGGAAAACUCUCAACUACCAGAUCCUGCUGAAGACCAGACACACGGACGCCAAGGUGCGUUUCUCCUCCCUGUUGGUGCUUAUGGAGCUGGCGUCCAAACUGAAGGAGAACUACAUGGUGCUGCUGCCCGAGACCAUCCCCUUCCUGGCUGAACUGAUGGAGGACGAGUGUGAGGAGGUGGAGCAGCAUGUGCAGAAAGUGGUCCAGGAAAUGGAGAACAUCCUGGGAGAACCGCUGCAGAGCUACUUUUAACACACACACACACACACACACACACACAUCAGCGGUGAUCUGAUGGAACAUUUGUACAUCUGCAUGGAAAAAGUAAAGUUGUUUUUCAAACUCA